UCGAUGGGUGCAGAAGUUACUGUACUUUAUGAGUUAGCUCCAAGAGAUAAUGAGAUGAACGCCACAAUGUACCAGCAACUGACGGAUGAAUCACCAGUACCAUCUGCUCUUCAUAGCUUGUCUGACUUUGAUUUGUCAGAAAAGUCGUCUCUCGGAUCACCUGAGCACAGGCGUGACCUCGAAGAGCAGCGUGGCACACUGGCGCUUCUGCCAAACAAGUUUCCCCCAGAGUUAUUAAUGGAGCAUCUGCAAGAAAUUCGAAUCCUGAGACAACGUUUAGAGUACUCCAUAAAAACUAAUGAGAGACUGAGGAAGCAGCUUGAGAGACAAGUAACAGACAAGGAACUAGAUCAAGGUUCUGCAAACAUUUUUAUCCGUGGCUCAGAGCAGCAUAAUUCCCUGACUUCUGAAAUACAUUUCCUGAGGAAGCAAAAUCAAGUUCUGAAUGCAAUGCUAGCAAAAGGAUCCAGAGAUAAACAAAAGGAAAAUGAAAAGUUAAGAGAAUCUCUUUCUAAAAAGAAUGCAAUCAUCGAGCAUCUUCAUGAGGAUUAUGAAUGCGUCAAGAAAGAAAAUGAAAGGUUGCAAAAACAAAUUGGCCAAAAGGAAGAUGAAACCAGAUAUCUGACAUGUCAGAUUUACAGCAGUCGUAAUGAAUUAAACAGGUUGCAAACAGAAAUUAAUGUAAAGCAACAUCAGCUCUCUGAGAAUGAGAAGUUACUGCAGUCGCUCCGAACAGAGAUCAAGGUUUAUGAAAAGCUGGAGGAAGCAAGAAGGAAGGGGGCAGAUCCCAGGUGUGAUGCAUCAGAAGAAUUCCGAAAAGAUCAGAAUAAUCCACUUGACUUACAUGAACUAUUGACUGAAAUACAGAGUUUGCGAGUGCAGCUUGAAAGAAGCAUAAACACAAACAAGUCUUUACAUGAAAAAUUAGAGGAGCAGCUUUCAAAAGAAAAGAGAGAGGAAGUGGGAUCAGUGUCAGCUGUUCAUAUCAACUAUCUUUUCAAACAGGAAUCUCAGCAUUAUGCAGGAAUGAACGAGCUCUAUAGCGUUUACUAA